GUUAUAAGGAAGGGGGAAGUGAGCUGCUGCUGGAUUUGUACAGCUUGCAAGGAGAAUGAAUUUGUGCAAGAUGAGUUCACAUGCAAAGCCUGUGAGCUGGGAUGGUGGCCAAAUGAUGAGCUGACAGGCUGCCAACCAAUUCCUGUAAAGUAUCUGGAGUGGCGUGACAUAGAGUCCGUUGUGGCUGUGGCCUUCUCUUGUCUGGGCAUCCUCAUCACCAUGUUUGUUACCCUUAUCUUUGCACUGUACAGGGAUACCCCCGUCGUCAAAUCCUCUAGCCGGGAGCUGUGCUACAUAAUACUUGCGGGGAUCUUCCUUGGUUAUAUAUGCCCUUUCACCCUCAUUGCUAAGCCCACUGUCACUUCAUGCUACCUCCAGCGCCUCCUUGUGGGGCUUUCCUCUGCCAUGUGCUACUCUGCCCUUGUAACAAAAACCAACCGCAUUGCACGCAUUCUGGCAGGGAGCAAGAAAAAAAUUUGCACCCGCAAACCACACUUCAUGAGUGCUUGGGCCCAAGUAGUCAUUGCCUCCAUUUUGAUCAGUGUACAGCUGACGUUGGUGAUUACACUGAUCAUCAUGGAGCCCCCUUUCCCCGUCCUUUCCUACCCCAGUAUCAAGGAAGUAUUUCUGAUCUGCAACACCAGCAACUUAGGUGUGGUUGCCCCAGUGGGUUACAAUGGACUUCUCAUCAUGAGUUGCACUUACUACGCUUUCAAAACUCGCAACGUGCCAGCUAAUUUCAACGAAGCCAAGUAUAUUGCCUUCACUAUGUACACAACGUGCAUCAUCUGGCUUGCCUUUGUACCUAUAUACUUUGGGAGCAACUACAAGAUCAUUACAACUUGCUUUGCUGUGAGCCUGAGCGUGACAGUUGCCUUGGGGUGCAUGUUCACUCCCAAGAUGUAUAUCAUCAUUGCAAAGCCCGAAAGGAAUGUCCGCAGUGCCUUCACCACUUCAGAUGUGGUGCGUAUGCAUGUUGGGGAUGGCAAGACUCCUUGUAGGUCCAACACUUUCCUCAGCAUAUUCCGGAGAAAGAAGCCAGGCACUGGAAACCCAAAUUCUAAUGGCAAGUCUGUGUCAUGGUCUGAACCAGGUGGAAGAGAAAUUCCCAAGGGGCAACAUAUGUGGCACAGGCUCUCAGUGCAUGUGAAGAAUAAGGAACUAAGAUGCAAUCAGACAGCAGUGAUCAAGCCCCUAACUAAAAGUUAUCCAGGUCCAAGCAAGAGCCUCACUUUUUCGGACAUCAGCAGUAAGACUUUGUACAAUGUUGUGGAGGAGGAAGCAAGCGAAUCAGUGCACUUCAGCCAAAUGAGCCCUUCCAUGGUUGUACACAGAAGAGUGAUGGUGAUGCCUCCACUGCAGGCAGCAGCAGAGGACAUACAGAGUCCCAAAGUCUUACCACCCCCACCGCCACCUCCUCCACCACCGCGAUUCAUUAUGGAGCAGCUGCAGGGUGUGGUCAACAAAUUUGCCACGGGCAUUCCUGAUUUCAAUGUUGUAAUGCCCGUGUCUGGUGCAGGAAACGGACUGAGGCCCAUAUAUAAUCCUCCAGCAAUGCAGCCACAGAUAUUGCCACUACAAAUGGGCACUUUCAGUAAAGUGCCAGUUUCACUCCCAUCUGAAGAAGAAGAGGAGGAGGAAGAAGAGGAAGAGGAGGAGGAGGAGGAGGAAGAAGAAGAAGAAGAAAAUGAAAAGUUUAAGCUUAUCCAAGAUUAUGUGUAUGAGAGGCCAGGAAAUUUAGAGGAGGAGGAAGAGGAAGAAGAGGAGCAGGCCACCAGCAAACUUACUCUAGAAGAUUCACCAGCACUGACACCUCCAUCUCCUUUUCGAGAUUCAGUGGCUUCAAGCAGCUCUGUGCCCAGUUCUCCUGUGUCCGAAUCAGUGCUUUGCAUACCUCCCAAUGCAACUUACACCACUGUUGUUUUGAGGGAUUACAAGCAAAGCUCAUCCACUUUGUAGAACAGAAGCUGCUCUGGUGAAAGCAAAUAGAUCAUGUCUUCUUUCUGAGCUUUAAUUGGACAGGGAGAAAUAGCACAAGCCCCCUGGGGUAAAUGAAGGCCAAUGAGCAUGGUGUAUCGGGUGGGGCAAAAAUUUGUAUCCUGCACUAAAUCCAUUAGAGGGCUCCAGUUCUUUACUUGUUAUAUGUGUGGUUUUGUUUUGCUUUAUUUUGUUGUUUUAACAGGAAAUGAUUGUGUUCAAGAGUAGUGUGUUCUGAGAAGAUCAUCAGAAUUCUGACAAAGCACAAAUCCCAAGUACAACUUCUUUAGCAAAAAGGAAGUGUAACCGUAACACAGUGUUUGCAAACACACAGUCACAACACUUGAAUAUGACUCUCCUUGUUAAAAUUAGAGGAGAACCAUUCUGUGUCUCCACGAUGUGCACCAACAUUGAAUGAGCAGAUUGUACUGUAAUGCAGCAACAUUUGCCUGGAAGGAGAAAAUAUAUUUUGCUAAACCAUUUUUAAGUGGAAAUAGCAAGACAUCUCCUGAAAUGUAUGUUGGGGAAGUCACCUAGCAUGUUAGGAUGUAGCUUUAAAGAACAUUUAGAAAAACUGAUUUAGCAUUCCCCUCUCCCCUUGUAUACUAUUUUUAAAAAAAAACCUGGAGUAAAGCAUAAGAAAGUCACAGAAAAAUUUAUUGAUACAAUCAAAUCCAGAAUCCUUGUAGUUUUGAAAUCUUUGAUUUGCCAUUGUGGAAGAAGACUGCAAGCCAGGUGACUGUUAACACUACAUUCUCUGUAGCAAAACAAUAGUUACUGACUCAACUUUAAUAAUCCAAUGAGAUUGCCAUGUAAUUAGAUUGUUUGUUUGUGUUACUAUGGAAACAACUACAUAUAAAAUAAUUAUAUAUUUUCAGCAACAAUUACUACUUUAAGCAAAAAGUCAUUCUUAAUAGCGGUUCAUUAGAUUCAUAGUAGAUGCAAGAGAAUGAAUGUUUCUGUCUGUCUGUGUGUGCGCGCAUGUGUGCAAGUGUGCAUAUGUGUUUGUGUGUAAGUAUAUAGAUAUAUAGAUAUAUAUGUAACUAUACAACAUGUGAUGUGUAAUAUCUAAUAACUGCCACUGGAGGAUUGUCCUAGAAUAUAUUAUGAAUAUUUUUUAUGUUUCAAAUCAUGUUUUAUAUUGCAUUGUUUAAAAAUAUAUUAUAAACCUUUGAAGAUUUGUAUGUCGUGCUGAAACAUUUUUAAAGAGCUAAGCUCCCCCUUAUAACAGGGUGUUUGAUUUUGCUGAUAUAUUUGCCAUGUGGAAUUAUGCUGUUGAAAAUAAUCAGUGCUCCAAUAAGUUGUUAUUUCAUGUGAAUUAAGGAAAUGUGAUUAAUAAAGAAUGCAUCUCUUUUAGAAAUUUUGCACAUGGCAGUAUUAAACCUUAAACAGAACCUUCAGAAAAAUGUUUAAACCAUGUUUAGCUUCCUUUGGAAAAGUAAAAUAUAUAUUUUGCCAUCGUAAAUACAUAUAUAUUUCUUUCCUGCUUUAGCAAAACCUAUGUAAACCUGAUACCAACCUCUAUUGUUAUUUUUCUACUCCUGCUCUGUAGAUUUCCUCCAGUUUCAGGAUAUUCCACCACCUUCUCCAGAUUUAUUUUCCAAUAAUAAUAAUGCUUGGGUUAGAUUUGUGCCCACUCUGUUUCUUUCUUACCUUCUUUCUUAUUUUUGUCAUCUAAGAAAAGGAGAGUUAAACUAAAAUCAGAAUCCAGACGCAGAAAGAAUUUGGAAAACCAGAAAGUUGCAGCUAGUUGAAUCUGAAGAGCAGGACAAUUGCAAAAUAAAUGUUUCCUCUUUUCUGGAGGAAUAUCCCUUUAUAUCCUUUUAGAAGGAUUAUAUAUCCUUCUAAAAGUCAUUUCUCUGGACACCAGUGUUGUAAU